GGGGGCGCCCCGAUGAGCCCAGAGUGCGAGGAGCCGCCGCCCCCCUGCGCAGGGCGCCAUGUUUUGGAAGUUUGACCUGCACACGAGCUCACACCUGGACACACUGCUGGAGCGGGAUGACCUGAGCCUGCCGGAGCUGCUGGAUGAGGAGGACGUGCUGCAGGAGUGCAAGGUUGUCAACCGCAAGCUGCUGGACUUCCUGCUGCAGCCUCCGCACCUGCAGGCCAUGGUGGCCUGGGUCACCCAGGAGCCGCCGGCCAGCGGCGAGGAGCGGCUGCGCUACAAGUAUCCCAGCGUGGCCUGCGAGAUCCUGACAUCAGAUGUGCCCCAGAUCAACGACGCCCUGGGUGCGGACGAAUCCCUCCUGCACCGGCUCUAUGGCUUCCUGCAGAGCAGUGGCAGCCUCAACCCGCUGCUGGCCAGCUUCUUCAGCAAGGUCAUGGGCGUCCUCAUCAACCGCAAGACGGACCAGCUUGUGUCCUUCCUGCGGAAGAAGGACGACUUUGUGGACCUGCUGCUGCAGCACAUCGGCACCUCCGCCAUCAUGGACCUCCUGCUGCGGCUCCUCACCUGCGUGGAGCGGCCGCAGCUGAGGCAGGACGUGGUCAACUGGCUGAACGAGGAGAAGAUCAUCCAGCGGCUCAUUGAACAGAUCCACCCGUCCAAGGACGACAAUCAACAUUCCAACGCAUCCCAGUCCCUGUGCGACAUUAUCCGCCUGAGCCGGGAGCAGAUGAUCCAAGCACAGGACAGCCUGGAGCCUGACCAGCUAUUGGCCACCCUGGAGAAGCAGGAGACGAUUGAGCAGCUCCUGAGCAACAUGCUGGAGGGGGAGCAGAGCCAGUCCGUCAUCGUGAGCGGGAUCCAGGUGCUGCUGACGCUGCUGGAGCCCAGGAGGCCCAGGUCCGAGUCCGUGACCAUGAACAACUUCUUCAGCAGUGUGGACGGGCAGCUGGAGCUCCUGGCCCAGGCAACUCUGGACAGCGCCUCGUCCAGUGUGGGAACCCUGCACGCCCUGCGUCCGCGGCUUGGCCACUUCCACCAGCUCCUGCUGGAGCCACCCAAGGUGGGCCAGCUUGAGCCGCUGCGCACGACGUGGGGCAGCCUGGCCCCGCCACUGGGCAACAUGCGGCUACAUGUGGUCAAGCUGCUGGCCAGCGCCCUGAGCGCUAAUGACGCAGCUUUGACCCAGGAGCUCCUGGCACUGGACGUGCCCAACACCAUGCUGGACCUCUUCUUCCACUACGUGUUCAACAACUUCUUGCAUGCCCAAGUGGAGGUGUGUGUGAGUACGAUGCUGAGCUCCGGGCCUCCUUCUGACAGCAGCUCUGACACACCUGCUCAGAACCCUGUUGUGAAACAUCUGCUGCAGCGUUGCUGCCUGGUGGAGCGCAUCCUGACAUCCUGGGAGGAGAACGACCGCGUGCAGUCCGCCGGGGGCCCUCGGAAGGGCUACAUGGGCCACCUGACGAGAGUGGCCAACGCCCUGGUGCAGAACUUGGAGAAGGGGCCCAACGCCGAGCAGCUGGGGCAGCUGCUGAAGGAGCUGCCAGCAGAGCAGCAGGAGCGGUGGGAGGCCUUCGUGUCCGGACCCCUGGCGGAGACCAACAAGAAGAACACGGUGGAUCUGGUGAACACGCACCACUUGCACUCCUCCAGCGACGAUGAGGAUGACAGGCUCAAGGAGUUCAGCUUCCCGGAGGAGGCGGUGCUGCAGCAGGCUUUCAUGGACUUCCAGAUGCAGCGCAUGACCUCAGCCUUCAUCGACCACUUUGGCUUCAAUGAUGAGGAGUUUGGGGAGCAGGAGGAGAGCGUGAACGCGCCUUUUGACAAGACAGCCAACAUCACCUUCUCCCUCAACGCCGACGACGACAACCCCAACGCCAACCUCCUGGAGAUAUGCUACAAGGACCGGAUCCAGCAGUUCGAUGAUGACGAGGACGAGGAGGACGAGGAGGAAGGCCAGGGCUCUGGGGAGUCCGACGGGGAGGAUGGCACCUGGCAGGGCAGCCAGCUGGCCAGGGGGGCCCGCCUGGGCCAGCCCCCAGGCGUGCGGAGCAGAGGCAGCACAGACAGUGAGGAGGAAGAGGACGACGAUGAGGAGGAGGACGAGGAGGAUGGUGAUGGCCGGGCGGCUCGUGGUGGGGCCGGGCCCCCCUCCUACCCCAGCCCUGGCCCCCAGCCUCCGGGCCCCGGUUGGACAGCCACAUUUGACCCAGUGCCUAUGGAUGCCCCGACCGGCCCCCAAAACUGCAGGGAGAAGGAGCCACAUUCUGGGCCCCCCGCCCCACAGGGCGCCCACGGCAUGCCCCUGGACCUCCCUGCCUCGAGCCCAGCUGGCCCUGUGGCCCCCAGUGCCCUGCAGCUCAGGUCUCAGGACCCCGCCCCUCCCCCAGCACCUCAGGAAGCCACAGACGGCAGCAAAGUAGCGGAGCCCUUGGCCCCUUGCCAGGCCUUGAUCAGUGUCGGGGACCUCCAGGCCACCCUCAGAGGGACACACUCCGUCCCCAGCUCCUUGGACAGUGCAACCAGAGACCCUGCUACCUCUGUCCCAGCCUCCGGGGCCCACCAGUCCCCCCAGACCACAGGUGGGGAGAAGAGCCCAGAGCCCUUGGGGCUCCCCCGAAGCCAGAGCAGUGCCCUGGCCCUUGAGCCGCUCUUGAUGCCCAACGGCUCUGCCCCAGGAGGGCCGGCGUCCCCGGGCUCCCAGUAACUGCCUGGUUCCGGUGGUGGCGGCCAAAUCCUCCAUACUCCACGUGGACCCUGCCUGGGUGGGGGCAGGGCAGAUCUCAUGAUGGCCCUGAUGCCCCAUCACCCCAUCCCCACCCCACCCACUCUAUGCCCUCUCUGGACUCCCGGGAGGCUGGUGCCAGGGAGACAGACCCCGAUCCACCCCCAUUUGCACUGAGAAAAGAAAUUUCGGAGUUUUGUCUCCUAGAAUAAAGAUAGAGUUGAAUAGAGAGGAGAGUUGAAGGAGAAAGAGACCUAUAUUAUAUAUUAUAUAUAUAUAUUGAGGGAGGAGAGAGUGGGCGGCCAGAGAGCCAGAGGAAGCAGGGCUGGGCGGGUGGCAGCUUGGACCUGCACCCUGUCCCACUGGGACUGCUGUGGUGGGGGUCCUGAGGUUGCCACCACCCUACCCUCCUGCCGUGCCCCCCACCCUCCGGUGCAGACGCCCACACCCACACUCGGCCUUUCAGCUCAGGUCCACCUUGGGGGAGGGCCCGAGUGGGGGUCGUGCCUUUGCCCAAACCCUCUCACCCUGGACCCUGCACUUUGACCCAGGCUGGGAGCUAAAAGACCCUCCACCCGGCCCAGCCAGCUCUGUGGGACCCCGGGGCCCUGGUCCCAGGGGCCUCCCCGGUGACAUUCCCACAGGGCCCUGAUGCAGUUGCCGAGCCCCACCCCCCCAUCUCCUAUAGUCCCUGGGGCGGGGCUUCGGCGGGGGUCUGGCUGGGGUCCCCCUCCUACUCCUGAGGGUCUGGGGUCCAGCCCAGCUGCCAAGUGACCUUGUCCCAGCUCCCUCUCCCCAGGCUGGCGUGAGUGUGUGUGUGUUCGUGCUGAGCUUCUGUUUCAUAUUGCAAAUAUAAACAAAUAAAAGAAGACAGUUUAAGA